UCCGGGCUGGGGCUCUGGGUUGUAGAGUUGGUGGAAAGUGACAAGUUUGGCGAGAAGAGCGUUCGCGGAGAGCUGGAGGAGCCGCCGCCGAGUGAGCCCAGAGUCCGCAACUCCAGGCACUGGGCACGGUCUUCUAGAGUCGGAGCCGGGAACACACGGUGCGCUAGAGCGACCGGGACAGCCUGGGACGGAACGGCUGGCCGUGGCAGGGCUGCUUCCGAGUACCCCGAGAAACCGCAUUCCCGGGUCCGAGGCGGCCGGGCGGAGGCGGAGGGAGCAGGUCAGAGGGACAAAGAGCUUUGCAAAGGUCCCCCCCGGUAUUCUGCGAGUGCCUGUGGGCGUGACGAGGUGGUCAGGAGCCCAGGGCGAACCCGUGGAUGUUCUGCGCGCCGCCAGGGAGCCACCGCCGCCGCCACGAGAGGAGGAAUGCACCGGCCGCGCCACCGCGGGACGCGCCCGCCACCGCUGGCGCUGCUGGCCGCGCUGCUGCUGGCCACACGCGGGGCUGCUGCCCAAGAAACAGAGCUGUCAGUCACUGCUGAGCUAGUGCCUACCUCAUCUUGGAACAUUUCAAGUGAUGUCGACAAAGAUUCUUACUUAACCCUUGAUGAACCGAUGAACAACAUCACCACAUCCCUGGGGCAGACUGCCGAACUGCACUGCAAAGUGUCUGGGAAUCCGCCUCCCACAAUCCGCUGGUUCAAGAACGAUGCUCCUGUGGUCCAGGAACCUCGCAGAAUCUCCUUCCGGGCAACCAACUAUGGCUCUCGGUUGCGGAUCAGAAACCUCGAUACCACAGACACUGGUUACUUCCAGUGCGUGGCAACAAAUGGCAAGAAAGUGGUUUCCACCACUGGAGUCCUGUUUGUCAAGUUUGGGCCUGCUCCUACUGCAAGUCCAGGAUCCUCAGACGAGUAUGAAGAAGAUGGAUUCUGUCAGCCAUACCGAGGCAUUGCGUGUGCACGCUUUAUUGGCAACCGCACUGUGUAUAUGGAGUCUUUGCAUAUGCAGGGGGAAAUAGAAAAUCAGAUCACAGCUGCCUUCACCAUGAUUGGCACCUCCAGCCAUUUAUCUGAUAAGUGUUCUCAGUUCGCCAUCCCUUCCCUGUGCCACUACGCCUUCCCGUACUGUGACGAAACCUCAUCUGUUCCGAAGCCCCGCGACUUGUGUCGUGAUGAAUGUGAAGUCCUGGAAAAUGUCCUGUGUCAGACAGAGUACAUUUUUGCCAGAUCAAACCCCAUGAUUCUGAUGAGGCUGAAGUUGCCAAACUGUGAGGAUCUCCCCCAGCCGGAGAGCCCGGAAGCUGCGAACUGCAUACGGAUCGGCAUCCCCAUGGCGGAUCCUAUCAACAAAAAUCACAAGUGCUACAACAGCACAGGUGUCGACUACCGGGGGACCGUCAGUGUGACCAAGUCAGGACGCCAGUGCCAGCCGUGGAAUUCUCAGUACCCCCACACCCACAGCUUCACCGCCCUGCGCUUUCCAGAGCUCAACGGAGGCCACUCCUACUGCCGCAACCCUGGCAACCAGAAGGAAGCCCCCUGGUGCUUUACCCUGGAUGAAAACUUCAAGUCUGACCUGUGUGACAUCCCAGCAUGCGAUUCCAAAGAUUCCAAAGAGAAGAAUAAAAUGGAAAUCUUGUACAUCCUGGUGCCAAGUGUGGCCAUCCCGCUGGCCAUCGCCUUCCUCUUCUUCUUCAUCUGCGUCUGCCGCAAUAACCAGAAGUCGUCAUCACCGCCAGUCCAGAGGCAACCAAAACCUGUCAGGGGACAAAAUGUAGAGAUGUCCAUGCUAAAUGCAUACAAGCCCAAGAGCAAGGCUAAGGAGUUGCCUCUUUCUGCUGUACGUUUUAUGGAAGAACUGGGUGAAUGUACAUUUGGAAAAAUCUAUAAGGGCCAUCUCUACCUCCCAGGCAUGGACCAUGCACAGUUGGUGGCUAUCAAGACCUUGAAGGACUAUAACAACCCCCAGCAGUGGACAGAAUUCCAACAGGAAGCCUCUCUCAUGGCAGAACUACACCAUCCCAAUAUCGUAUGCCUCCUCGGCGCUGUCACCCAGGAACAGCCUGUGUGUAUGCUCUUUGAAUACAUGAACCAGGGAGAUCUCCACGAGUUCCUCAUCAUGCGAUCCCCACAUUCCGAUGUCGGCUGUAGCAGCGACGAGGAUGGGACGGUAAAAUCCAGCCUGGACCAUGGAGAUUUCUUGCACAUCGCGAUUCAGAUUGCAGCAGGCAUGGAAUACCUGUCUAGUCACUUCUUCGUGCACAAGGACCUGGCGGCUCGCAAUAUUUUAAUCGGAGAGCAGCUGCAUGUAAAGAUUUCAGACCUUGGGCUUUCCAGAGAAAUUUACUCUGCUGAUUACUACAGGGUACAGAGUAAGUCUUCGCUGCCCAUUCGCUGGAUGCCUCCCGAGGCCAUCAUGUAUGGAAAAUUCUCCUCUGAUUCCGAUAUCUGGUCUUUCGGGGUUGUGUUGUGGGAGAUUUUCAGUUUUGGACUCCAGCCAUACUAUGGGUUCAGCAAUCAGGAAGUGAUCGAGAUGGUGCGGAAGCGCCAGCUGUUACCAUGCUCUGAAGAUUGCCCGCCGCGAAUGUAUAGCCUCAUGACCGAGUGCUGGAAUGAGAUUCCUUCCCGGAGACCGCGCUUUAAAGAUAUCCACGUCCGGCUUCGAUCCUGGGAGGGCCUCUCAAGUCACACCAGCUCUACCACUCCCUCGGGUGGAAACGCCACCACGCAGACCACCUCCCUCAGUGCCAGCCCUGUGAGUAACCUCAGCAACCCCCGAUUUCCCAAUUACAUGUUCCCGGGCCAGGGAAUUACACCACAGGGCCAGAUCGCUGGUUUCAUUGGACCAGCAAUACCUCAGAACCAGCGCUUCAUCCCCAUCAAUGGAUACCCAAUACCUCCAGGAUAUGCCGCCUUUCCGGCGGCCCACUACCAGCCUGCAGGGCCUCCCAGGGUGAUUCAGCACUGCCCGCCUCCCAAGAGUCGGUCCCCAAGCAGCGCCAGUGGCUCGACGAGCACUGGCCAUGUGGCCAGCUUGCCCUCAUCAGGAUCCAAUCAGGAAGCAAACGUUCCAUUGCUACCACACAUGUCGAUUCCAAAUCACCCCGGUGGAAUGGGUAUCACUGUUUUUGGAAACAAAUCUCAAAAACCCUACAAAAUAGACUCAAAGCAACCAUCUUUGCUGGGAGACUCCAAUAUUCAUGGGCACACCGAAUCUAUGAUUUCUGCGGAAGUAUGAAAUGUGUGCCUUUUGUACAUACUCUAUACCAGACAAACUGAAACGUGGCAGAAAAGAUUUAUAUUCAAAUGUUUUUAUUGAAGGUUCUCGCUUAGCAGACAUUGCAAUGGGUGUCUUCUGUGAAGUUUAACUCUGUCUUACUGGAAAGGCAACCAGCCAGGAACAAUAAUGCAUUGUGGGAUUGACACUCCACCCAGGUGUGUGUUGUGGUGUUGGGAAAGGACCGAUUCAAGUACUGAAAACCAGUGAAGAGAAACAGAACGUUGUAAUUACUUAGUAAACCAAAAAAAGGAAGUCAGAUGGUGCUCUGUGUAAUUGCCGUUGGUCACCAUGGCUGAUCUACCCCCCAAAUGUAUAUACUGUAGCAUUUGUCUACCUGCUGUCUCUACUUCAAGACAGAUGUUCAGGAACUAUUCUGACUCACCUUAGACUCUAAGCGUGUUUGAAUGGAAGUGGUGUUUAGCACCACAGAGGGAACUUGAGGCCACGUCUGAAAUCUCGGAUGGAAAUGAGCCAUACAGACUUGUCAUGUCCACAGAAGUCCUCUCAGUAAUCGGGUUUCUCUGGGAUGUUGUAGGGUGGUGAUGUGAACCUCCUCUUCUCAUCAUGAAGGCCUUUUCCAGUCCCUUUUCCACAACAUGUUUACACAGGUCCUAAAGAAGGUAGAUGCAGAUACUGGAAAUGGCUGUAGAUUACAAUUGGGGUCAUUGCUUUAGGGAUGGGGCGCCCAAGGAGACACAGUCAGGAAAAUGGUCCCCAGCGUGGAUCAGUGUCCACGGAGGAGGACCGAGGGUUGUUUCACUGUUCCUUUGGUGAGCUCCUCUCUUUAGGAGCUUCCCUGGACCACUCAUGCUGCAAACGGGUGAUGCUAGAGGCAAGCACACCCACACCCAUGCCUUGCCUGCAGCCUGUUUACAAGUUGGCCAAGGUCUUGGGAGUGUUUACUGUCAAAAGACUGUGAGCAAGAGGAAACCCUGUGAUGAUGCCAGUAGCGAGCAAAUUUAAAUUCUCAUUUUUCUUGUUUUUUUUUUUCCUGGAGAUGUUCACCAAUUAUAUUCUAGCACCAAGAAGUGUAACAGUUUAUUCAUAGAACUAGCUGGAAUCCAAAGACAAUACAUCCUAUUUUGAAAAACAUUAUAGGAUGUCUAAAAACCAUACUGAAUGAUCUCAAAGACUACAAGACCCCGAAUUCCUUAACUUGGCAAACAAGCCGUUUGAUCCUUCUUGCCUUUCUUAGGGGAUGACAUCAAUUGUGCCCAUCCUGGCAUUGAGUUGCCAACCACAUUUUACCAAGUUCAGAAUUCUGUGGGAUUCAAGUUCUGCAUAGAAAGGAAUUUUAAAUUUGAUUUUUCUCUUGUUAAAAAAAAAAAACAACUCCUUUAUUCUAAGAAAAAUGUCAGCAAAUCUUGCUUUUAUUUUAAAGCUAUAGAGACUUACAGACGUAUAAGAUGCAAAAUAAAUCCUGGAAAUAUUUCAUGAGAGAAAGAAAUACUUCUUGAGGGGAAUAUAAGAAAGUUAGGAAGACCUUGAUGUUUCUGCCUUUAAAGGUAGAAUUUGCAUAGGAAAUCUGUCUACCAAAAUGUGCCUAGUUUUCCCAUACAAACAUGAACUUAAAGGUACUGUGAACUCAAAAGAGUUGGCUAUAUUCAGAUUUACCAGGCAAUAAAUUAAGAACUGUUUUGUGGCAUGAAUAAGCUGAAUCUAUGUAACAUUUCUUGAAGUUGAGUAGAGGAGGAGAUUUGUAUCCUUUUGUUGCUAUGCAACUGUUUAGCGAUGACGCUUCAAACCACAAUUUUGUAUAUGAUAUGACAAUCAAUCGUUUUCCAAGAAUAUUUAUUUUGAGUAAACACAGUCCCAGUGAAUCUGUGUUUUCAAGGAGUCCCUGGGGGGGGGGGGGCUAGCAUUCCAUGAGCCAGUGAGAUACCUUCUCUGGAAAGUCAUUAUUAUGGUUAAAAAAAUAAAUUCAACUUAGUUUUUUAUAAAGAACUAUAACAUUUAUUUUUAAGCCUUUUAUAAUAACUGAAGCCAUGAAGGUGAGCAAGCUAAAUUUCAAAACCACUUGUUAGAAUUAUGAAAACAGGGCUGAGGUGCUGCGGCACGCAGCCUCUUUUGUAUUAAAUGGUACUUUUUUCACAAGCUGAAAAAUCUUUCACUUUGUUGACCAUAUUUUGUAAGCUAACUUUAUUUUCAGGUGUUUUUUUUUUUAAAAAAUAAUUUCUCUGCACAAAACUGUCUAUGGUUUGUAUCACAGAAGUGAAAAUAUAUCUGCAUUUUUAUAUCUGGUCUGUUUCCUUCUUUCUUUUGCUUGUGUUUAACUCAAUGUAGAUUUUCUUCAAGUAUACAACGGCAAUGUUCAGAUAGCUCACACUGCCGUCUCUCCCCUUAUCCUCACUGCAUGCGUUUAAUCACUGUAUUGAUGUUUGAUUUGUUCUUAUGGGCAUUCCAGAUAGGGAAGCAUCUUUUGUAAUGAUCAAAAGACUAUUUUAUAUUGAGGAUAUACGCCUAUGUAUUUCACCACCGGAGAUGAUA